GUGUCCAGGGCCUCCCCGCACCAGACAAAGAAAGCCCGGUGCCGGUGGUCCCUGGCCGAGAACCACCCUGGAGACCCGAGGUCGGGGUCGGGGAAAACGGCUCCGGGAGGGCGGCGGGACCUAGUCUCCCAAGCCAAAGUGGGGGCGCGUGAGUGGCAGCCUGUCUCGUCCCGCCUGGUGUGCGGGCACGGGUGGGCCCUGGGCUGCGCGCGUGUGCGACUCUCCGGGCAGGCCCCGCAGCGGCCCGGGGCGGCGCGGGGGCCCGCUCGCCGGCGCUCAGGGUGCAGGUGCGGAGAGCAGGCGGCAGCCCGGCCCCAGCGCGCGGCCGCGGGCUGCGAGGCGCCGCUGCAGGCGGCAGGAGGCAGCGUCGGCCCGGGCGGCGCGGCGGCGAGCAAGCCAGCGCGCAGUGAUGUCAGUGGCGGCCCGGCUGGCAGCAGCCGGCACUUCCUGUGGAAAGGCGGGCGGGCUCGGCGGCGAGCCCCACUAGCCAGUGUCAGCCUCUCGGCGCGAGGGGGCGGCGGCGGAGGAGGAGCCGGGGGAGGGCUGUCAAAUUGGGGAGCCAGAUUCCCCCUUCCCCUGGCAGUCCCUUCCGCUUCCCCGGCUCCCGGUGUGACAUCUGCGGGCCGGGGACCUGCAGGCGUGUGCGCGCCAAGGGGCGGAAGAAUGGCAGUGCUCAAACUCACCGACCAGCCACCACUGGUCCAGGCAAUCUUCAGCGGUGAUCCAGAGGAGAUACGGAUGCUCAUCCACAAGACUGAAGAUGUGAAUGCUCUGGAUUCUGAGAAACGAACCCCUCUUCAUGUGGCCGCGUUUCUGGGAGAUGCAGAGAUCAUUGAACUCCUGAUUCUGUCAGGAGCUCGUGUAAAUGCCAAGGACAACAUGUGGCUGACCCCUCUGCACCGGGCGGUUGCUUCCAGAAGUGAAGAAGCAGUUCAAGUAUUGAUCAAGCACUCGGCUGAUGUCAACGCGAGGGAUAAGAACUGGCAGACCCCUCUCCACGUGGCAGCAGCCAAUAAGGCCGUCAAAUGUGCAGAAGUAAUCAUUCCCCUGCUGAGCAGUGUCAAUGUCUCCGACCGAGGGGGACGUACGGCUUUGCACCAUGCAGCUCUGAAUGGCCAUGUGGAGAUGGUCAAUUUGCUCUUGGCCAAAGGGGCAAACAUCAAUGCAUUUGACAAGAAGGACCGGCGUGCUCUGCACUGGGCAGCAUAUAUGGGCCACCUGGAUGUUGUAGCCUUGCUCAUUAACCAUGGCGCAGAAGUAACCUGCAAGGAUAAGAAGGGUUAUACUCCCCUGCAUGCCGCAGCCUCCAACGGACAGAUCAACGUCGUCAAGCACCUGCUGAAUCUGGGGGUUGAGAUUGAUGAGAUCAAUGUCUAUGGAAACACAGCACUUCACAUCGCCUGCUACAAUGGCCAGGAUGCCGUGGUGAACGAGCUGAUCGACUACGGUGCUAAUGUGAACCAGCCGAACAACAAUGGCUUCACCCCUCUGCAUUUUGCUGCUGCCUCCACACAUGGUGCUUUGUGUCUGGAAUUGUUAGUAAACAAUGGGGCGGAUGUCAACAUUCAGAGUAAAGAUGGCAAAAGUCCAUUGCACAUGACAGCUGUCCAUGGAAGAUUCACACGGUCACAGACCCUCAUUCAGAAUGGAGGUGAAAUUGACUGUGUGGAUAAGGAUGGCAACACUCCUCUCCAUGUGGCUGCAAGAUACGGUCAUGAGCUUUUGAUUAACACCCUAAUAACCAGCGGAGCUGACACAGCCAAAUGUGGAAUCCAUAGCAUGUUCCCUUUACAUUUAGCUGCCCUAAAUGCUCACUCUGACUGCUGCAGGAAGUUGUUAUCGUCAGGACAAAAGUAUAGCAUAGUGUCCUUGUUUAGUAAUGAGCACGUGCUGUCUGCAGGCUUUGAAAUAGAUACCCCAGAUAAAUUUGGAAGAACGUGCCUUCAUGCUGCUGCUGCAGGAGGUAAUGUGGAAUGUAUAAAACUCUUGCAGAGCAGUGGAGCAGAUUUCCAGAAGAAGGACAAGUGUGGCAGGACCCCUUUGCACUAUGCAGCUGCGAAUUGUCAUUUCCACUGUAUUGAGACGUUAGUGACCACAGGGGCCAACGUUAAUGAAACAGACGACUGGGGUCGGACAGCUCUGCACUAUGCAGCGGCAUCAGACAUGGAUAGAAAAAGUAAGACCAUCUUAGGAAAUGCUCAUGAAAAUUCAGAAGAACUUGAAAGAGCCAGGGAGCUGAAGGAAAAGGAAGCCGCACUAUGUUUAGAGUUUCUGCUUCAAAAUGAUGCAAACCCAUCCAUUCGGGACAAGGAAGGUUACAAUAGCAUCCAUUACGCUGCUGCCUAUGGCCACAGACAAUGUCUGGAGUUGCUUUUGGAAAGAACCAACAGUGGUUUUGAGGAAUCAGAUUCCGGUGCUACCAAGAGUCCGCUCCACUUAGCAGCGUACAACGGGCACCACCAAGCCCUGGAAGUUCUUCUGCAGUCACUGGUGGACCUGGACAUCAGGGAUGAGAAAGGCCGCACCGCUCUGGAUCUGGCCGCCUUUAAGGGACACACAGAAUGUGUGGAAGCACUUGUCAAUCAGGGUGCAUCCAUCUUUGUGAAAGACAAUGUAACCAAAAGAACCCCACUUCAUGCCUCAGUAAUUAACGGCCAUACCCUAUGUUUGCGGCUAUUACUAGAAAUUGCAGACAACCCAGAAGCAGUUGAUGUGAAAGAUGCCAAAGGACAAACCCCACUGAUGCUCGCAGUAGCAUAUGGACAUAUCGAUGCUGUUUCUUUGUUACUUGAAAAGGAAGCAAACGUAGAUGCUGUUGACAUCAUGGGAUGCACAGCUUUACACAGAGGGAUUAUGACAGGACACGAAGAGUGUGUGCAGAUGCUGCUGGAAGACGAAGUGUCAAUUCUCUGUAAAGAUUCCAGAGGAAGGACGCCCUUGCACUAUGCAGCCGCUAGGGGCCACGCCACGUGGCUGAGUGAGCUGCUCCAGAUGGCUCUUUCUGAGGAGGACUGUUGCUUCAAAGAUAACCAAGGCUACACACCACUCCACUGGGCUUGCUACAAUGGUAAUGAAAACUGCAUAGAGGUUCUUUUGGAGCAAAAGUGUUUCCGCAAAUUUGUUGGUAAUCCCUUUACUCCACUGCACUGUGCAAUAAUCAAUGAUCAUGAGAACUGUGCAUCGCUGUUACUCGGGGCCAUAGAUUCCAGUAUUGUCAGCUGCAGAGAUGACAAAGGCAGGACACCCCUCCAUGCAGCAGCCUUUGCUGACCACGUGGAGUGCCUGCAGCUUCUUUUGAGACACAACGCUCAAGUGAAUGCAGUAGACAAUUCAGGGAAAACGGCGCUGAUGAUGGCUGCUGAGAACGGACAGGCGGGCGCCGUGGAUAUUUUGGUGAACAGUGCCCAGGCUGAUCUGACCAUAAAGGAUAAGGACUUGAAUACACCCUUACAUUUGGCUAGUAGUAAAGGUCAUGAGAAAUGUGCCUUGUUAAUACUUGACAAGAUACAAGAUGAGAGCCUCAUUAAUGCAAAAAAUAAUGCACUGCACACACCCCUCCACAUUGCUGCACGCAAUGGCUUGAAGGUGGUAGUCGAGGAGUUGCUGGCCAAAGGAGCCUGUGUGCUUGCUGUAGAUGAAAAUGGUAUUGGAAUUAGCAGCUCAUGCCUAUUUCUCAGAAGUCAUACCCCGGCCCUGGCUUGUGCUCCUAACAAAGACGUGGCUGACUGCCUGGCCCUCAUUUUGGCUACCAUGAUGCCUUUUUCUCCUUCCAGUACAAUGACGGCUGUCAACUUCGUGUGUUUAAAAAAAGACAAUUUGAGCAGGACGACCCUCUCCAAUCUGGGUAGCAUGGUUAGCCUGUGCAGUAACAACAUAGGCUCGGAGGAUGGGUACAAUGAAAACGAUUCUGAUUCGGAAACAUUCUGACUUUGCACUGUAGAAGCUUUUCUUUGAUCACCGGUGUUGGAGGAAGGGAAAGAUGCUUACAUUCCAGGUUGAUAUCCAAGUGUUAUUUGGGGCCUGAGCUUCCAGAAGCCAGGAGGGAAGGAAUUAGUCAAACAGAGGAAGGGCAGCUAGGCUAAAACACCUAGAGAUGGGCCCAGUUUUGUUUUGUUUCCUGUUUCCUUGGGUACUUUCAUGAAAGUCUACCUCUCAUUUUAAGUAAGGGAUUUUUAAUGUAUGUGCUGCCGAAGCGAGCACACUAAGUAAGGAUUUUUAAAAUGUAUUUAAUCCUUUUUCUUUGGGGAUAAUGCAACAGAGAGGCAGUGGUUUCUUGUGAAGAGAUUUUUUUUUUCCUGUACUCAGCAGAAAGUUCUGGGAAGUGUAUCAGUGUGACAUUCCUGUCCCCUGGGAGGGGAGGGAAGAGUGGGUAGGAAAUGCCUCACGUUGAUGUUUACUUCCUCACUAGAAGCCAAAGGUAAAGGUGUUCAUCUUCAGAGUAAUGCCUGUAAUAAUCUUUGUAAGACAGUCCAGCUGUUUAUGUCUUCUCAAAUAAGCACUUAAAUAUCCAGAACUUCUUUCUGAGUUCUUUCUGAGAACUUUGUCUUUGUUAAAGUUGCCGGAUGAAUUGAAAGAUGGAACUUGCUUUUUUAAAUUUUUUUUUUUUAACAUAAAUGUGGCACCCUAGUGCUCCCGAUAACAAUCCUGUCACUAAUUUUCACCUGAGUGAUUGAACCCAAAUCUAUCGCAUAACACUUCCAGUGAAAAUUAUAUUGUACCAAAACUUUCAGACAAUAUGCAAAUUUAAAAGGGAACUACCCUUUGAUCGUUGAUUCUUAAAUCAAAAUACUAACUUUUCAAAUGCAUCAGAAUCAUCAGCAUUGCUCAUCAGUAGUAAAAUGUUAAAUGAGCUUCUCAGUCAAGGUCAUUGCCAAGUGAGUGAAAGUGUGCCUGCAAAAAUGAACAAAGAAAGUGAAAGCAAGAAGUGGAAAUGGGUGAUAUGGAAAUUACAGCCAAUUGCCAGUUGCUUGAUGAUAAAAUCAACGUAGUGAAUACUGUGUCUGCUCCCUCUGCCAAAGCUUCUAGGUCAAACGGACCCCGUUCCACCCCUGGAACAGCUGUACAAAAGGAAGAAUGAGACUCUUUAAAAUUAUGCACAUACAUACUCACACAUAUAUGUGUAUGUAGAUAUGUAUGUAAUUCAUCAACCAGCUACCCAUGAGGACCAAAAUGCUUCAGUCUGAAAUGGAAGAUUUAAACUUUUUUUCUUCAAAAUGCAAGUGAGAACUGAAGUAGUUUUUCUAUGGAGUUAAAAUGUAACCUUUUUGCAUAUCAGUCUUUGUUGUAUUUUAUAUUUCUUAUGAUACAGAUUUCUAGUUGACAGCUUAACAUUUGUAACUGAUGAUGUGUUGACCACAGUUUUUUUAUUUUUUGCCAAACUAGAGAAAAUGUCCAUAUACUUUUGAUGUAAAUGUGUUUAUAUUUAUUUGAAAUGAAACAAAUGCUGAGGAAACAUCCAUUGUUUGUUCUCUGUUUUAAUUGCUAUAUAUCUUAUUUAGAGUAACAAAAAAGUGGAAAAGAUAUUUGACCCUGGGCUAGCCAACAGCCCUGGGGCCACACCCGCCAUUCCCACUGCUGAGUUCCCAGCUGGCCCUCACCUUCAUCCACACUCAGCCUCGGUUUGUAGCCAACUUAGAGCUUAGAAGACAUUACAGUCCAUAUGCUCUUCUGCAACAGGAAAACCGAAAUGUGAAUACACAAAAGUGGCCCAAAGAAAGUCCAGAAAUAACCCACACUAUGCUGAAAAACCAGAGUCCCAGUAACCCAGUGGGAAAUAGGUCAGUGUGUGGGCACUGUGCCAAGAGGAGAAAUAAAAAUCACCAGCUCUCGUGCUUUUUUCCACUUGAGGAAGAGACAGGAAAAAAUAUGUCCCACUAGGACAGUCCUAGUCAACAAUUUAUAAUGGGUUCCAUUUUUACCCUGGAAAUUUCUAUUUUAUAGUGUAUGUGAGAUAUUUGUUAAAACAGUGUUAAGUUGUACCUGGAUCAGAUACAGAUCCUGGGUUGUAUUUUUCAUUCAGCUAUAAAAGACUUUAAUUUUGUUCUUUUAAUAUCCUGGAUUUAAUUAAAACUCAUAUUAGGUUCUUUAUAAUUGAGAACUUGUUCAAAGGACUUAUAAAACUGAUAUUAAUUUCAACUGAAAUUUUUCAACACCACCACCAUUAUGUUUUGAAUUCUUGGUGUGGUGCUCCCCUCCUUCUUCUGCCCUUUAUGUUAUUUUAGAGAAGAUAAAUGUUUAAAGAAAUAGGUAAAUUGGUAAUGAGCAAUAAUAACCUUCUCUUUUUACCAAAACCCUGAAAAUAAGGGAGACGCUGUGUUGAAGAAGCACAAUAUACUGCGGUGUCUUUUUUCCAGAAGUGAAUGGAAAUCUUGCUCAGUUGGCAUUUAAGGCAGAAGAUGAAAUGCCUGCGAAGCAGCGUUGACAUUUUUCCUGUAGAGUAGCAGAGAGUACAAGGAUCAUUUCAGCAAAGCAGUGAGCGACCAUGAGACAUUUUCUCCAUGGAGCUGCUUUUAGAUUUUCCCCCACUCUCUCUCCCUCUCUCUCAAGGGAGGAGGACAAAGGAACAAAACAAAAUCAUGCUCACAAUGGACUGCUUGUUGAAUCAAUCAAUGUCUUUCUCUCUAGCCCUCCCUCCAAUUCGCCCUGUCCCCAAGACUAAAUUUCUUUUUUUAAGAAAUGACUUUUACAAAAACUGUAAUUUCUGUGCAUUUCAAUUACAUCUCUUAGAACAAAUUUAUGUUUGCGAUAGAGCUUUUUAAGAAAAAAUGAACCAGAAAACUUUGUGUUUUUAAUUGAGUCUUAGUUGCUUCGUGCUUUUACCUAAACGUGUUAUUUUUAGGCGGUAUUUUAACCAUAGCCGCAGGGAUCACGAUGCUGUAUGCACUUCCCUAUUCGCCAGUGUCUGCCUGUCUUUGGUAUAUACAUUAUUAUCUCCAAAUUGCCUAAAAUCUGCUAUGAUUCUACAGUAAAUAGCUCAGGGGAUUUCUAUUUAUCACUACUAAAAGGGCACCAUAGUAUGUUUUGGUACUUGAGGCAGUAAACAGCUGCUUGAUUUAUUAUUUUAUUAUUAAAUUAGAACAGGAACAUCACAUGGAUUUGCUGCACUAGUUAUUCUUUGUACUGUUGAGCAACUUGGUUUGCUUAUCUGUUGUGUUGGUUGAAGAAUUCAUCCCCUUUUUGUCUUGUAAUAUGAAGUUAGAGUGCCUUUUUAUAUUUGUAUAUUCUGACAAUGUUUUGUGAAAUGUUUUGUAUUUUUUUCAUUGGAGUGUUAGCAAUAUAAUACCAGUGAGUUUUCAUUUCAACCUUUCUUUGAAUGUAUAAAGUAUCUUUUUUCCUAUUUCCCCUUUUUCUUGCUUUGAAAUGAAAAUGCUAAAGUUUUCUAUAGGAAUAAUGUUUGGUUUUGUAGUGCUGAAAUGCUUUUUUCUUACAAAACUGUAAACCAUAGGUCAGUAUUAUAGGGCAAAAGUGUUUUAAGAUAGUGACAAUCUGAGUGUGUGUACAAAAUGUAAUUCUAUGCGUUUCUUAUGCAGUGAUCUAAAAAUUCAAUGCAAAUAUCUUUUGUUUGGUAGUUUUGUCUGCAUAUUUUAUGCUUUAGCAUGUGCAAUAUAUCUUUGCAAAGCACGAUGAAACAAAUCUGGUGCCAGUGUUAUAUUUUGCAUAACAUAUUUGUAACAGCAUAAAAUAUUGUUUGAUGAUUUCAGUGGAAUUUUGUCUGUAAUGUUUUCCUAUAUAAAUUGGAGUUGAAUGACUCUGGUAAAUGCCAUGACUGUAAAAAUGAGGGAAAUGACUUUUAGUUCAGUGAAUGACUUUGAACCAGUCUGAAUCUUCUCAAGCACAGUUUAAUGCUUUUGCAACUACUGAAUGCUCUAAUAAUGUAAUGAAGUACUUAACUGUAAUAUACUCUGGAAAUGCAUUCAGAUUGUUAUUUUUACAAAUAAAAACGGUACAAAUAUUGUUGCAA